AUGUGUGAACAAACAAAACGUUACUUUUCUCCACGUCUUCUUGAUUAUGUGAUUAUAGUUGGUUGUCGUCAUCCAAAUAAACAUAAUCAUGUAACGCAAACACCUGAAUUACUUCGACGUUAUCCAUUAGAAGAUCAUAAAGAUUUUGCUUUACCACCUGAUGUUAUAUUUUUUUGUCAACCUGAAGGUUGUAUUAAUACAGGUCAUCAACGAACAGCAUUUCGUCAAAUAACAUCAUUCGUAUUUACAUUAACGGAAAAAGAUUCAAAUCGACAACGUUUUGGAAUAUGUGUAAAUUUUUAUCGACAUUUCUCACGACGUACAUGUUCAAUACAUAAUCCAAAUCAACAAAAAACUGAUUCAUCAGAUCAUGGAUUAAAUGAACAAACUGAGGGUACUGAUGAACCGGAUAAUACUGGACGUAAACGUAAACGACGUUUAAGAAAUAAUACAUUAACAUCUAUUUGUCUCAUAAGUCAUCAUCCAUUUUUCACACGAUUUCGUGAAUGUCUAGUUACAUUAAAAACAAUAAUUGAUGCUUGCAAUGAACGAUCGUGUGCAAAACGCACAGGUGCAUCAAAAGGAACAUCUAGAGAAACUGUAUGGGGUGUAUUAACAGGUCAAGCAUGCGAAUGUACAUCGAAUUUAGUUGGACAUGAAGUACGAGAAAUUGAAACAUGGAUAUUACGUUUAUUGAGUGCACCUGUUUCUAUACCAGGAAAAACGAAAAUUUUGAUUGAAACAUUGCCAAAUGAACCACCAAUGUUAUUUGCUCUACCUGAUCAUACACGUUUUUCAUUAGUUGAUUUUCCGCUUCAUUUACCACUUGAAUUAUUAGGCGUAGAUUUAUGUAUACGAGUUUUAACAUUAAUUAUGCUAGAGAAUAAGGUUGUAUUUCAAUCUCGUGAUUAUAAUGCAUUAACUAUGAGUGUUUUGGCAUUUGUUGCUUUACUUUAUCCACUUGAAUAUAUGUUUCCUGUCAUUCCAUUAUUACCAACGUGUAUGACUGGUGCCGAACAGCUUUUAUUUAUUCCAACUCCGUUUAUCAUUGGUAUUCCAGCAAGUUUUUUUCCUUAUAAAGGAAUAACACUACAGCAAUUUGAUGAUAUAUGGAUUGUAGAUCUUGAUGCAAAUCAGAUUGUUCAACCAAAACAAUCAGAGCCAUUUUUCGACAUUCCAGAAUUUGAAUAUAAUAUAUUAAGUAAUCAUUUAAAACAAGCAUUAGGUAGUAUGUCAAGAGAUCCUGAACCAGUUCAAAGUUUUGAUGCUAUGCUCAAUGAUAAGUCAUAUUUAAUGUCAGCUAAUACUUCUGUUCCAUUACCAUCAACAUCAUAUAAUCCAUUUAUAUAUGGUAAUGAUGUUGAUUCAGUUGAUAUUGCAACACGUGUUGCUAUGGUUCGAUUUUUUAAUUCACCAAAUAUAAUGGGCAAUUUCAAUGAACAUACAAGAACAUUAAGAUUACAUCCACGUGCUGUUGUUGCUUUUCAAUAUAGUAGUUUUGUUCGAUCAAGACCAGUUAAAUCAGCCUAUAUUAUUCGUUUAGCAAAAACUCAAGCAGUAGAAUUCUUUGCUGAAUGGUCACUUUGUCCAGAUAAUGUUGCAUUUUUACGUGUACAAACAGGUGUUUAUGAUCCAGCUUUGAUUGGUGAUAAACCAAAAUGGUAUAGUCGAAAUUUAACAACAAUACCAUUUAAUAUAAUCGAAGAAAACAGUACACUUGGUCAAGCAGUUAAUUCAUUUAAUAGCAAAUUAAAUGAUGUUGAACAUACACCAACAGAUGAAAGUGGAAGUGAUUCUGAAGAUGAUAGUACAAAUUCUGAUUAUUCAUCAUUAAGUGAAUUCGUAUCGGAAAUGAGAAAUAGUGAGAUAUGUGGAGAAAUUCGAGUUGCAAAAAUUUAUCCUGAAAAUCAAGAAAAAACAGCAUGUGUAGAAUAUUCUACCGUGUAUAGUCCACCGGAAGAAUUACAAAUUCCUGAUGGUUCACAAAAAACUCCCAGUCCAACUGCAAGUGGAAAUGAAUCAAGUCAAUCUAUGAGUGAAUCAACAAUAAGUUCAAGUUCAAAUUCACUUGCAAAUUCAAGACUUAAUUCACCCAGUGAAGAUACAAAUGAAAUGUUACCGGAUCUAUCAAAUAAUUUACAUGAUAUUGAUUCAAAAUCAAGUUCAGCAACAAUUACACCAAUUACAAAAAGUUUUCCAAAACCACUUUUUGAUUCAAAAACAUUGAAUAGCGAAGAUAAUACUGCACCAUCUUCACCUCCGGAAAAUCGUUCAAAGAAUCUAGCAACACAAGCAGUUCUUAAUCAACGUCUUGGUGCAAUUGUAACACGUGCAGAUAGUCAUGAUUCAACUUCAAGUGCAAUAUCAAAAUCUGGACGUGUAACUAAAAGUGAUUCCGAAACACCAACAUCUGUUAAUCCGACAUUACUUCAACAAGUUGGUGGUGAAAUAAAUUCUACAGCAGCUGGUCGAGUAGUAUCAAAUAUGGCUAAAAUGGCAUCAAAUAAAGUGUCCGAAUUACUAUCAUCGAAUUCUGAAAAUCCACGUCAAUCAAUUACUUCAUUACCUCGUGCCAAUCGUCCACCACCAUUUCCAUUUCCGAAACAGAAUCGUAAAAUCGAAAAACCUAAUCUAGUCAAACAUAAUACAACAAUAUCAAAUAGUUCUAUGCUUGCUCGACAACAAAGUGUUGAAACAAAAGCUAAUACGCAUAGUGAAAAUCAACAAUUUUUAAAAGAUAUUGUUACAAAUGUUCUUGAUGGACAAGGUAUUGGUUGGUUAAAAAUUAAUCGAGUUAAAAAAUUAAUGGAAGAUGAAAAUUAUCGAAAUUUUGUACUUAGUCGUCUUAAUAUAAAUCUCGAUAAGAAAUAUUCCGAUGAAGAUGAUCAUAUUGAAGAUAUUAAAGUUACACGAACUGUUUUCAAAGGUAUGACAAAUAUCUUACGUGCUGUGAUUCAAGGUCUUGAAAUAACAUUUGAAAAUAAUGGACUUGGUGGUAUGGCAUCAACAUUUCAAUUACUUGAAAUAGCUCAUACACAUUAUUGGAUAAAAGAUACGAAAAAUGAUAUGAGUCCAAUGUCAGAACGAAAUAGUCCUCUAAGUGGUAGUCGAGAAAGUUUAGCAUCAAUUGAUCCAAAUAUUCCAUCAAAUCCACCCAUUAUUUCAUCUCAACAACAACAACAACUACUUCAGCAACAACAACAGCAAUUACAACAACAACAAAAUAAUAUGUCAAGUCCAAAUUCUGGACUUGUUGCUCAAUUAGGAAGUUUAUGGCGCGAAUCAAAAUUAGCAUUAGCACGUAGUUAUGCAACAGCUGCACAUGCAAGUAUGAAUUUAGGAGGAAGUGUAGAGCUACGUACUAAUCCUAAACAUUCAUUUUCACCUCAUGGACCAUUCCAUUCAACACUAACUGUUAGCCCAUCACUUUCAUCUGGUAUUAACACAAAUAUUCGUCCGAUUAAUACCGAGCAACCACCCGGUACAUUAAAUGUACUAAAUGUUGUGCCCUUUCUUGUUUAUCCAGUUGAAGUCAAUGGUGAUGAAUAUCAGAAUAUUGAAGUUUCAUCUGAAACAAAAUCUACAAAUAAUAACGGUGAAAAAAGUCAAAAUCGACCACCAACUGAAAAUCAAGUUCGACCUGAUUCAUUAAGUUUUACCAAUGAAGUAUCAUCAAAACUACGUAUGACUAUUCCACGUAUAAAUUCAGCAGUCAAUGAUGAUGAAAGUGGAACAGAUUCAAGUGCAUCUAGUCGACGUCAAUCGAAGAUAAACCAUCAUCAUAUACGUACGUCAAAUCAAUGGACUGAUGAAAAAUUAAAAAAUAAACAAUUAUCGAACAUAUCAACAGCUAAAAGUUCUUUUUCAGCUGGACAUAGAUUUCGUAAUGGUUCACUUCAUCCAGUGACUGAAAAUAAUUUUAUGAAUAUUAAUGAUAAACAAUAUUUAUUUGAAGUAUUAAUUGGUAGUACACGAAGUCAUUUAUGGGAUCAAAUGCAAGUUUGGGAAGAUGUUUUUCUUGAUGCUGUUGCUCAAGAACGUGAUAUUAUUGGUCUUGAUCAAGGUCCAGCUGAAAUGAUGGAGCGUUAUUAUUCAUUAUCAAAUGCUGAUCGUAAACGUUUAGAAUUAGAUGAAGAUCGUUUAUUAGCAGUUAUGCUUUACAAUUUAAUUGCAUUUAUGAUAAUGAUGCGUGUCAGUAAAGAAGAAGUUCGUCGAAAAAUUCGUCGAGUCCUUGGCCGUUGUCAUAUUGGCUUAACAAUGAGUCAACAAGUUAAUGAAUUACUUGAUAAUGUCGCAAAUUUAAGUGGUAAUGAUGUUGAUUUACGUCCAGUUGGUAGUCGAUUAUUACAGAAACAAAGUUUUACCGUACAUUGGGGAACAGAUAAUACUGGUGAUAUGCUUUUUAUGGAGGUUUGGGAUGAUUGUAUUAUUCUUCGAAGUGUAUUAGGUGAAGUUUAUGAUCGUUGUUGGUUUGAAAAAUUAGUUAAUAUGACAUUUUGUCCAAAGACUAAAGUACUUUGUUUAUGGCGUAAAGCUGAUGGUGAAACACAACUCAAUAAAUUUUAUACAAAACGAUGUCGAGACUUAUAUUUUUCAAUAAAAGAAGCAAUGGAAAAAGCAGCAUCACGAAUGAAAGGUUCAUUACCUGGUCAAGAACUCGGUGGUGAAUUUCCAAUAAAAGAUGUUAAUACAGGCGAAGGAGGAAUAUUACAAGUUUGUCUUGAAGGAAUCUGUUUAACAUUUGAAAAUGAUAAAGAAUUUAUUGAAUUACAAAAAAUUCGAAAAUGUACAACACAAAAAGGAGACAUAUUUGUACUUGAAGAAUUUGAUCCGAAUACAAAACAAAUACUUCUUAGAAAAUAUAAAUCUCCAACGGCGAGUAAUAUCCUGCUUGCUUUUCAUCGUGUUGUAUCUAUUAUUAUUGAACGUCGUAAAGCAUCCUCCGCUAAUGUUUUAUCCAAUGGUAAUAAUCAUUAUUUACAACUACCUGGCACUGAAACAGGUAUUGGAAUAUAUUAG